AUGGCUAAGGAAUGUAUUAGGCUCUUUCUAGUCGACCCAAAAACCAAUUCUGGCUUCUUCUUACCAAGGUCCAUGCAACAUCAGUGUGCUACAAUAGUUCUGAGCUUUUGCGAAGCGUUUUAUAGAGCUACUGAUGACGAGGAGCGCCAGUUAUACUACUCUUGUCGCGAAACUCUUAUAUCCAUCCUGAAACCCGUUGCACUCUCAGAUAGACCAACCUGCUUUGGUAUUACAAGGGCGUCACAGUUAAUUGGUGGCCUCUAUAGGAUUCUCCACGAGACAGAGAUGAAAUUGCUCAGAUCUUUAGUUGCAACAUAUCAGUCACCAUCACCCCUAUCAAAUUCUGAAUUAAGGAGUCUUAAGAGAAGCUUCAGCGAGUUCGCGCUGUUUUCACACCAUAUCCGUAGUGCAACUGCGGAUCAUGUGAGAGUGAAAGGUCGUUCACUCCCAUUAAAUCCGAUGGACUUUAAGAAGCGGCGAAAUUAUUUGGAUGAAAUUUACAUGUUUCAUAAUGUUUUAUUGAGAUUGGUAAGGAACAUCAAGAAAUGCCUGCACUGUUUGGGCAUAGCUAUUAGUGAGGCAGAAGUUUACGAGGGCGGCAAAGAACUUCUUGCCGCUGCAUUUCAAGAUUAUGCCCUGGCAAUGAGUCAUCUUAUCUGGUGGUACUCAAAGAGGGGUGAUGAUCAUCUAUGGCUUCUCAAGUAUGACACCGCAAUAGAUUUCGAGUCAAGAAGACAUUUGAUGGAGAUCAUGUUCCCUGAAGAAGGAAAGCAUGACAGCGAAAAGGUGCACAAAGUUCUCAUUGACAGGUCGAUGUUAUUGACACAAUCAUAUGAACGCAUUGCUCACGUGAAAGCCAAGUCCUUGCACAAUGGCCUUUCCGUGAAGUUCAAAGACGAGGUAGCUACAGGUCCUGGAGUCCUACGGGAGUGGCUCUUCUUAGUAUCUCAAGCACUGUUUAGUCCAGAAUAUUCCCUUUUUACAGAAUGCCCGGAGGACCGUCGCAGAUUCUUCCCCACCCCAGCAAAAGUCACAUCCCAACAACUCAAGUUUGAUCACUUAUGUGGUCGAGUUAUCGCUUUAGCCUUGAUGCACAAAGUGGAACUGGGGAUUGCAUUUGAUCGUGUAUUUUUCUUGCAGUUAGCGGAGGAGAAUAUAUCCCUGGAAGACAUAAAAUGUGCAGAUCCAACCAUGUAUAAGAGUUGCAAAAAGAUAUUGGAGAUGGAUGCUGACCUUGUUGAUUCAGAUGUUAUGGGAUUGACAUUUGUCAGGGAAAUAGAAGUUUCUGGAUCCAGGAAAACUGUGGAGCUGUGCCCUGGAGGGAUGAACAUUGUUGCCAAUAGCAACAACAGAGAAUAA